CUGUGUAUGCCCAACGAGACCAUGUCUCUCGUCAUUCUCACCGCAUCCGAUGUCGCAAAUGUCACGUCCACUUUCAGCCCUACUGAGCUCACUGAACUCAUGGCGCGUGUUUUCUUCCAUUUGUCUAAGCCACCGAGUGCAAAGAUAUGUCAGCCUCACCGUGCCAAUGUCUCAAUGCUGAACCAUACGGCCCUAUUCAUGCCAUCACGACUCUACCCCAUGGGCACCGCAGUGAAGAUUGUCUCGGUUCCAUCUGCUAGCGCGCCUCAAGCAGUGAAGGAAGGUGGACUGCCUGCGACCUCGCUUGUUCUUGACGAGCAAUCUGGAGGCGCUAAGGUCAUCGUCAACGCGAGGAGCUUGACAGCACUUAGAAAUGCAGCCGGAUCUCUGUUGGCAACAAGACUGCUCUACAAUGCUGAGGAGCCUCCCAAGACUCUUCUCGCUCUUGGUGCGGGAGCUCAGGUCGCCGCGCAUAUCUCGUUGUUCCUCACCGCAUAUCCGACCAUCCGCUCGUGUUUCAUCCUCAAUCGUUCGCAGAAUAAGCGGCUUGAGGACCUCGCUACUCGUGCACGCACCGAACAUCCUGCCGUCAAUUUGCAAAUAGGCACUCUAUCACAGGCUCCCAACUCCGACAGGAAUGAACUCACGUUAGAAAAAGCGGUCCGGAGCGCUGACAUUAUCAUCACGGCCACAUCAUCCACUGUCCCGCUCUUUCCCUCUGAACAUGUGAAGUCCGGUACUCACUUAUGCCUGAUUGGUUCGUACACCCCGCAAAUGCAUGAAGUGGAUGGCGACCUUGUCAAGCGUGCGGGGAAAAUCGUCGUUGACUCCAAGUUCGCCUGUCUGAGCGAGGCAGGUGAAUUGAUCUCUGCAAAUCUCGGCGAGUCAGAUCUCGUCGAGCUGGGUGAGCUGUUGCACUACGAAUCUGAUGAGCCUGCCGAUGGUGCAACUUAUGCUCCGCGAACGGAGAUGGUCCGCAAUGUAAGAAACAGCGGCGAAGUGACCAUCUUCAAGUCCGUUGGUGUGGGUGUUCAAGAUGUCGCAAUUGCUGCGGCAGUUGUCGAUCGAGCAAAUAGCUGUGGCGUCGGGCUGAAGGUAGAUAACUACGAUGGCAAUGUCUGAAUUUGAUGAUCGGGUGGAGUAGAAGCGCGUCUUUACAAGAUCUGGGCAUUCGCUCACUCAUUAUUCGUAUAUAAUCAGAUCAUAAAUACUCUCGUGUGAGCCUUCUAGUCUUUGCAGACCAAGAUCUCUCGCGACAACGACAAGAAAUGC